AUGGCUGGUCAGUCUAGUCAAGUAGCUGUGGACGGAACUAAUCUGUCCGGUUUGCAAACCGAUCCGGCCGCGGCUAACGCUGAAAAUGUGUUGCCAACUGAUCAGCACAUCUUCCGUCUAGGGACGAAGCAUUUCUCAGGAAGCACCGAUCCUAUUGAGGCAGACGAGUGGAGGAGUAGGCUAGUCCGAAACUUCAGCUCAACUCGUUGUCCUGAGGAUUACAAGAGAGAAUCUGCGGUUCACUUUCUGGAAGGGGACGCGCAUAAUUGGUGGCUGGCUGUGAACAAGCACACCAAUGAAAGUCUCCAGAGUUUUGCGGAUUUUGAAGAUGAAUUCAACCGCAAAUACUUUCCUGCAGAGGCUUGGGACCGUCUAGAAGGUAGAUUCCUAGACCUUACCCAUGGCCGCAGGGCCGUACGUGAGUACGAAGAGGAGUUCAACCGGCUCCGACGUUUUGUUGGAAGGGAACUUGAGGACGAGACAGUCCAGGUUCGUCGGUUCAUUCGAGGCUUAAGGCCGGAGCUGAGAACUCACUGUUCGAUCCGCACCUUCAGCACCGUCGGAGAGCUGGUUGAACGUGUAGCUCUUUUGGAGUCUAACUUGGCCAAUGAAGCCAAGCUUAAGACAAAGUCGCAGUCUGUCCCGACGGGUAAGACUAACGACCGAAAGAGGAAGUGGGACCAGAUUGGAUCAUUCCAUCCGAGAUUGCACUCGACCAAGCCGGACUCAGGGCCAAUCCAGUGGCAGCGGCUCUCGGACUUGUUUCCAUUGCGGCCAAAGCGGCCACUUCCAAAGUGA